AUGAACAGGGAUUGGGCGCACCCAGGCCAGACCCUGAUCUGGGCUGUUUGGGUCCUUGCAGCUACCACUGAGGGGCUUGCUGCUGAUGCACCACUCAGAAACACCCAGCUGGGAUGGGUCCGGGGAAAGCAAGUCACCGUGCUGGGAAGCCCCAAGCCUGUGAACGUGUUCCUUGGGAUCCCCUUUGCUGCACCUCCUCUAGGACCCCUGCGAUUUGCAGCUCCACAGCCAGCACUGCCUUGGAAAGACUUCCGGGAUGCCACCUCCUUCCCUAACUUGUGCUUCCAGAACUUGGAGUGGUUGGUCUCCAAUCAACACAUGCUCAAGGUGCGUUAUCCUGAAUUUGGAGCAUCAGAAGACUGCCUGUACCUUAACAUCUAUGCACCGGCCCAGGCUGAUAGGGGCUCCAGGCUUCCGGUCAUGGUGUGGCUCCCCGGGGGUGCCUUUGAGACUGGCUCAGCCUCCAUCUUCGAUGGCUCUGCCCUGGCUGCCUACGAGGACGUGCUGGUUGUGACUGUCCAGUACCGGCUAGGGAUAUUUGGCUUCUUCAGCACUGGGGACCAGCACGCUCCAGGAAACUGGGCCUUCUUGGACCAGCUGGCUGCCCUGAGCUGGGUCCGGGGGAACAUCGAGUUCUUCGGUGGGGACCCGGACUCCGUAACCAUCUUCGGCGAGUCAGCGGGAGCCAUAAGUGUUUCCAGCCUUGUUCUGUCCCCCAUGGCCAAUGGCUUAUUCCACAAAGCCAUCAUGGAGAGUGGGGUGGCCAUUAUCCCUUGCCUGAAGGCCACUGGUAUCCAGAAGGAUAAGGAUCUGCAGGCGCUUGCAUAUAUCUGUGGUUGCAAGAAGGUGGACUCCGAGGCCCUGCUGCAGUGCCUGAGGGCAAAAUCCUCCGAUGAGUUACUGAGCCUCAGCCAGAAGACAAAGUCUUUCAGUCAAGUGGUUGAUGGUCAAUUCUUCCCUAACGAUCCUCUAGACCUAUUGGCUCAAAAAGCAUUUAAUCCAAUUCCUUCUAUCAUUGGAGUCAAUAACCAUGAAUGUGGCUACCUACUGACCUUGAAGGAGAUUCCUGAGGUCCUGAAGGGCUCCAACAAGUCUCUCGCACUCCUCUUGCUACGCACAGUCUUGCGCAUCCCCAGCGAGGAUUUGCAUCUUGUGGCUGAUGAAUACUUCAACAACAAGGAAUCCCUGGUUGAAAUCCGAGAUAGUUUUCUGGACUUGCUUGGAGAUGUGUUCUUUGUGGUCCCUGGACUGGUCACAGCCCAGUGUCACAGAGAUGUUGGUGCACCUGUGUACUUCUACGAGUUUCAGCACCGACCCCAGUGCUUUAAAGACACGAAGCCUGCUUUCGUCAAAGCCGACCACGGUGACGAAGUCCGCUUUGUCUUUGGAGGUGCCUUCCUGAAGGGCGACGUUGUCAUGUUUGAAGGAGCCACAGAGGAGGAGAAAUUGCUGAGCAGGAAGAUGAUGAAAUACUGGGCUAACUUUGCUCGGUCUGGGGAUCCUAAUGGAAAAGGCUUGCCUCUCUGGCCAGCCUACAAUCAGAAUGAGCAAUACCUGCAGCUGGACAUUGACGUGAAAGUCAAAGAGAGAUUGAAGGAGCAGAGAGUGGAGUUUUGGACCAACACCGUACCCCUGAUACUGUCCUCUUCUGAAGCUCUCCGAGGUCCUCUUCCUGCCUUAAUCUUCCUUUUUCUGAUCUUGCCUUUGUUUCUCUCUUUCGCUCCUUGAGAAGUUACCUUGCUGUGAUUUUGCUUUCCGUCUGCUCCUGCAAUUUCUCCUCCAAACAUUAGCCUCAUUCUGAGUUUGGCAACUUUAUCUGUGGAUCUUGGUGGAAGUAAGCUGCUUUAGCUGAUGUUUUAUGGACUUGAGAGUAAUCCUUAUAGAAUGCUUUCCAACAUCAAAAAAGGCAAUUUGCCUUGGAU